AUGGAGCACGAUACCAAGACCCCUCCUUACGCGACAAGUGACAAGACGUCGUUUGCGUAUAUAUCGGCUCGAGACAGGUGGCCCGUCAUCAUUACUGGUGCCAUCGACGACGUCUUCCGAACACUUUCGGAAAGCAAUGAUGCCGAGAAGAACGCCGAGGGCAAGCGAAUCAUUGAGGACCUGGUAGCCUUGAAAUAUGAGCUACAACAUGACCGCAAGCUAUCACCGAUUCGCGAUGAUGGCACGCCCGACGUAGCCCUUUACAACCACGAGCUGGAGGCACUUGGCACACCUUCAUGGUUCAACGUCCCGUGGCUGUUCAGCGAGUGCUAUCUUUACAAGCGCAUGAGCACAUCCUUCAGCAUGUCGCAGCACUGGAAGUCGUACGACGUGUUUGCGCGCCAGAAGAACGACACGUUCCGGUCUUCGCGGCCGGCCGUCUACGAGAUCGCGACUCGCUUCAAGGACCUUGUCAACGGGCUGGCUGCAAAGACUGAGGAGGCCGCCAACAAAACCCCAGAAGAACACGAGGAGGCCCAGAGGCUGCUAUUCGUCGAGAUGUGCGAGAUCUGCCUAUGGGGCAAUGCCACAGAUCUCUCCCUCCUCACCAGCCUGUCCUACGAGGAUAUCCAGAAGCUUCAGGGUGCCAAGGCGCGCAAGGAGUCGGAGAAGAACAUCCUGGCCAACGACCUCCAGCAGGCGUACGACACGCUCAAGAAGGCCCGCGACGAGGGCAAGAAGGAGCGCCGGGUCGAUAUCGUCCUGGACAACUCUGGCUUCGAGCUCUACGUCGAUCUCAUCCUCGCGUCCUACCUCCUCACAUCGGGACUCGCGACACUUGUCGUUUUGCAUCCAAAGUCGAUCCCGUGGUUCGUGUCGGAUGUGCUCCCGAGCGACUUUGCCUCCAUCCUCGGCGCGCUGGCGAACCCGAAGGGGUUCUUCGCCGCGUCGUCGACCCCCGCCGCCGAGGACGGCAAGGACGCCGCCGCCUCCUCGUCCAGCACGGCGGCGGCGCCUUUGUCUGACGCCGAGGCUGCCGACAUCUCGUUCGUCUUCUCGCAGCUGGCCCAGCACCAUGCCGAAGGCGAGCUCCUGCUGAGGCCGAAUCGGUUCUGGACCCACGGCGGCAGCUUCUGGCGGCUGCCCGCCUCGGACCCGGAGCUUCACGAGGAUCUCAAGACGAGCGAGCUCGUCAUCUUCAAAGGCGAUCUCAACUACAGGAAGCUUACUGGUGAUGCCAUGUGGGAUCCCACCACACCGUUCACCGAGGCCAUCGGCCCCCUCGGACCUGGAUCCGGCGUCAACGUCAUGGCGCUGCGCACUUGCAAGGCCGACGUGGUGGUUGGUCUCCAGCCCGGCCUGGACGAGGAGCUCCGCGCCCGCGAAGGCGGCGGCGGCGACAGCGGGUCAAGGAAGUGGGCCUGGAGUGGGCAGUACGCCGUCGUGUCGUACUCGGGAGGCAAGUAA